GUCGACACAAACCAUACGUGGUUCCCAUCCCCAUGCCGGUACCAGAGUGGACGAUCGUGGACUUCAUUCACAGAGGGCCAUGGUGGACGGAUCGAGGCAUAAGAUAUCUAAACCUCUACCUCAUUCUACCACUUCUGACUGCCCCGAUCAACGGUUUUGACUCGUCUUUGGUCAACGGGCUUCAGAUCCUCCCGGCAUGGCAACAAUACUUCGACAAUCCGGAUGGUAAAGUGCUCGGUCUAAUCAGCGCAAUGCAGGUCAUCGGUUCGAUAGCAGCACUGCCAAUAACGCCAUACAUUUCAGACAACAUCGGACGACGCCUGACUCUGUUCAUCGGCUCGUGUAUCAUGUUUGCAGGAGCGAUGGUGCAGGCCACUGCCAGGAGUAUCGGCGCCUUCAUCGGCGCGCGAGGCAUGAUUGGUUUCGGCCUCUCUUUCGGUCUCAAUGCAGCACCCCUGUUAAUCACGGAACUCGCCUAUCCAACGCAGCGCGGCAAGCUCACAUCGAGCUACAACGCGUCGUGGUAUGUUGGCAGCAUCAUAUCCGCGUGGGCCGUCUUCGGGGCGUACAACGGGGCAGCAGACUCAAAUUGGUCAUGGCGGAUACCCACACUCGUGCAAGCCCUCGCUCCUCUCUUGCAGCUUCUACUUGUCUGGUUCAUACCUGAAAGUCCGCGGUUCUUGAUUGCGAAGGGCAGGGAAUCAGAGGCGGCCCGCGUCCUGGCGCGCUUCCACGCCAACGGCGGCAGCACACGCGAUCCACUCGUCGUCUUCGAGAUGGCGCAAAUCCGGCACGCACUGAAACUCGAGCGGCAGGUGGCAAAGGAGAUUACCUGGAGCACGCUCUUCACGACUCCUGGUAAUCGUAAGCGGAUGCGCAUCAUCGUUGCGCUCGCGGUGUUCUCGCAGUGGAGCGGUAAUGGCCUUGUUUCGUAUUACAUUAACCUCAUCUUGGAGGGUGUUGGCUUCACGCAACCAAGUACGAAGGCCGCCAUCAAUGGUGGUCUGCAGAUUUGGAAUCUCGCUGCUGCCAUGACCGGUGCCUUCUUGAUCGACCGUCUCGGACGGAGGACUCUCUUCAUCAUUUCUAACGUUGGCAUGCUUUUCAGUUUCGUGCUGUGGACUGUGACCACCGCUCUUUUUAACGAAUUCCACAACCAGUCCGCAGCGAAGGCAACUCUUCCAUUCAUUUUCCUUUUCUAUCUGUUCUAUGAUCUAGCAUACACUCCAAUGCUUAUUGCAUAUACCUUGGAAAUUUUACCUUUCAACAUUCGGGCCAAAGGCUUCGCUGUGAUGAACUUUGUUGUAUCCCUCACCUUGGCCUUCAACCAAUUCGUCAAUCCGUGGGCCCUGGACGCUAUCCAUUGGAAAUACUAUCUUGUGUACUGCGGCUGGCUCGUCAUAGAGCUUGCCUUCGUCAUGACGUACAUCGUCGAGACACGGGGUCGCACGCUCGAAGAAACUGCCGUGCUAUUUGACGGCGAGCAGCCUGCGCAGGACCUCGCCGCCACGGGCGGCGAGGCCGCGACAGGUGUCGGUGACGAGCCCGCACGGGCGAGCACCGACUCGAGGGUCCUCCCACACGAAGGUGCCCACGUAGAGAAGGCAGAGGUCGGCAAGUUCCUCGAGCUGCGCGCCAUGAGUGUGAACGGGAGCAGCGCGGACGAGCUCUCCGUGCACGGCCCGCCGAUGGACUCGGAGGCGCGCGACGAGCGGCAGCUGUACCGCAUCGACGAGCAGGUGAGCGAUGUGUAGGGUUUGUUGUUGCAGUGCGGAUGUAUUAGCAGUAUGUAGCCUAUCUUGCGCUCUAUGGGUGUGUAACCAUACGUGGAACAAAACAAACAAUACGACGAAUUGUGCAGAAUUAAUGGACGAACAGGACGAAAUUGGAAGAGUGCAUCCCGAAGUCUGUACGAGUAUCUAAGACGACAGGGGUGAUUGUAACUAGUUAGGCAGGGGGGUAGGGACCCACACCUCGAGUCCGCCGCGCGGACAGGAAAAGGCGCCCCAUCCGUGUACAUCAACCUCGACCGUGGCAGUACGUCCCUCAAAGACCGAUCGAUAGGCCUUGCGUAUGUGCCUCUUUCCGACGUUCAUGCGAAUGAUGUGCGAGGAGUCGCCUGAGGGGUUCUCUGCGGCAUUGCUGACGAGAACGACGCAGCCUUCCGGGUGCGAUGAGUCGCCCUCGCGCACGAAGCCGAUGAGAUUCUGCUCCUCGAAAUAAUCGCGCUGGGUACCAUACGCGAACUUCUUCCGCGCAUAUAGUAGGGUCUUCAGUCCAGUGGAGAUCUUGUCGUCAUAGCAUUCCUUGUUGGGGUAGAGAUCUCCGUAGAAAGUGCACGGAUGGCCCUCCUUCCGGAGAAGAAUCAGAGCGUACGCUUGAAGCUUGAAACUACUAUACACCCAGCUUUCAAGUGACUGUCCAAUUUGCUGGAAUCGGUCUCAUGGUUGUCAACGAAAGUGACGGCAUCCAUAGGUCGGCAUUGUACGACUGUGUUAUCGAGAAUUUUGCGGAGAUCGUAGCUGGACCCUUCCUUGCUAGCGUUAUGAAAAUUGUAGUGCAGCGGGACAUCGAAGAACGAUAGCAAGCCUUCAAACGUGCGGAUAUAUGGCUUAAUCUUGUCAACCUCUCCCGACCAAUACUCCGCCACGGCGAACAGGUUCUGUCGUCCCGGCAGCUUACGAGCUGAUUUCAGAAAUUCUAACAGGAAUGUCCGGUCCAUGUGUUUAAUGGCGUCGAGUCGGAAACCCUGACCUUCGGUUGUCUCGAGGACCCACUUUCCCCAAGCUAGCAGGUCUUCGCGAACAGCGGGGUGUCUGUGAUCAAUGUCAACUCCAAGAAGAUAAUCAUAGUUUCCGAACUCUUUGUCUACGUGGGGUGACCAGCCUUUGUGCUUGUCGCUAACAAUACGGUAGAUGGCGUUGGUUUUGGUGCGCUGGUCCCAGUCUAUGCCAGUGAAGUGCUCAUGAGUCCACUUAAGCUCACUAUACUUUCCAGCUCGACCUGUGAAAUCAAAUGCAGUCCAACCCUCUAUUUCUUGUACGGGACCAGCCUCCUUCGUCCGGUCGUGCGCCUCCACCUGGACAGCUUUGAAGGUCUCCGGUCUAUCAGCGCCAAGUUUAUGGUUAAGGACAGCGUCAACAAGGACAUCUAUUCCGUGAGCUUUGGCCACUGCAACAGCCUGGACAAGCUCCUCUUUGGUGCCCCAUCGCGUGGCAACGGUACCCUUCUGAUCAAACUCUCCGAGAUCCCACAGAUCAUAAGCGUCGUAUCCUUGGCCUUCCUUUCGCAUGGCUUUAUUGGGCGGGGGUAACCAGACCUGAGUGAUGCCGAGCUCAGCUAAAACGGGCACUUCUGUCUCAAAAUGCCUCCACCAGCUCAUUUCUGGAUGUU